UAGGAAGAGAGAGAGAGAGAGGAAGAGAGAGCACAAGGCGGAAAGCUCGCGGAGAAGAAGUGAGAGUCGAGUUUGAGGACGACGGUCGUGGAAAAAGGAACAAAUUAAAGAAACUACAAAGGAAACAAAGCUGCCUCGCCGAUGACCAUCCACCAUCUGUCAGAAGAUAUUUUUAGACAGAAAUAAAGUGGUCAUCACGAUGAAGCUGCUGAGUCGCCUCUGCUUCCUCGUUCUAGUGAUUUCUUCUGUCUCCAGAGGACAAAAUGACCCUACUGAUGCACCAGAGCGUACUAAUGAAGGCUCAACCCCAGCCCCCCCAUUGGCAGACAAUACACCUAAAGGUGACGAUAUUAACUCCACGGCGACCCCCUCGUCUCCUCAGAGUCAUACAACAGUGAAUGCAACGGAUUCAUCUCUGCAAGGCUCACAGCCUCAAACGUUCACACCCAGAGCUGACCAGAAAGACAGCGUUACCGUUAACCCAACAACAAAGGAAGUCGAAGCCAACACAACAGCAAAGACGAUAGCCCCGACUAGUGUGCCAAAGAGCGGGAAAGGUGGUGAAAGCGUUGCCGUGACGACUACGGUUUCUACAGCAACGGACAGUAGCUCAUCAAAGCCAGCAAUCAUUGAAAAGGAUCAUUCGUCCUGGGGUUAUGUGAUCCUGGUACUGAUCAUCCUGGUGAUCAUCGCUCUGUGCGUCAUCCUCUACAUACUCCGGAGAGUCUCGAGGACGUACUCAUUUGACCUUCAGCGUCCGGUUCAUGUCAACCAUCUCGACGAACCCAUCGGCACCUUUGAACCGGUGUACCUGGACGACCUUGAUCAACCGGCCCCUAAAGACGAAGUGUCCACCGAAGAAAUUCCACCUGCUCCAGCAGCCAAUGGCACGACAGUACAGUCCGAGGAAAGCGGCUCCACCGGAGAGAACGGUACAACUUCAAAUCAAAUCGCUCCAGCUUCAGAGGACCAGCCAGAUCACAAACGGGACAGUCUUCUCCAAAAGUUCGCUUAUCUAUACGAAGACGAGCAGCAGAAUGAAAACAACAACAACCCGUCCGUCUGCUCCAGCGACCCUUUUGUUGAAAUAAACCUGGAUGACCCGGUGCGGUGCGAUCAGCUCCUCACCUCUCCUGAAGCUCCUUCCUCUGUCCUCCCGUUCUCUCCUUUCUCCUUCUCCACCUCCUCCUCCACUUCAUCUUAGCAUCAUUCAUCGAUGACCCACAACACAACAUGGAGGCAGCGACUGUUGCUCUUUAAUUUCCAGUGUACGGUGUAUGUUCCUAGCAAGCUUUUCAAAUUCCUGUGGACAACAUGUUCAGAAUGAAACUAGAAGGCACGAUUACUGUAAAUAUGUUUUCUAUGAUAACUUUCUGAAAUGCUGUGAAACACAUUCAUGUUAAAUCUGAAUGAACUGAAAUGCAGUAGAGCUGUUGUUGUUUGCAGUAUUUGUUUCGACUGACACAUUUAAUGGGUCGAUUGUAGAAAAUAGUUCAAUGAAUACAUUUCACUGCUGUCUGAAAUAAAAAUACUGUUUUACAAUUGGAUUUUUUUAUUUAGUAACUGCAUGAAAUAACUUCAGGUACAUCUUUACUUGGUGUACUUGGUUACUGUAUGAGGUAACUUAACAGGAAAGGCCUAAAUGGAGGAGGCAAAGGUUUGUACAGUCCAAAACUCACAGGGUACCCAGUAAGGGCGAGGGUCAAAUAAAAAGGCCCAAGAUCAGAAAAACAAAAAUCCAAAAAACAAAGAGUGAACAGACAAUAAAACAAAGCAGCAGCAGGAAGUUACAGACACAAGGAGAGGUGAGAAUUACAAAAUAAAACAAGAAACACAAAAUCCUGACAGCACCCUUCAAAUGACCGCUUCCCUAUUGGCUG